UAAAUGAAAAAGAAGAAAUGGUCAAGGCACACGAGCGAGAAGCGAGAAGCAGUGAUCUCCGGGGCGGGGGAGGGGGCGGAGGAAACUUGGCGUAUUUAUUGCCUCUGCGCCACCAAACCCCUCUCCUUCUUCUUCUCUGUCUCUGAUUAUUUGAUUAUGGAGUAGUGGUAGAUGCCUUGUCCUCCUCAAAACUAUGAAGCAAAGAACUUGGCCAGAUCGCUCCGAUGCCUCUCCUUUCUCUUCCUUUUCUCUCUCCAAUGUCAAGGGCAAGGCUGCGGUUGAGGCCGAGGAUGAUGUUGAUCACUUCUCUCGCCACGCCAAUUCCAUCUCCAUUUCCAGUAAGUUCCCCGACAGACUCCAUGCCUCACCCUCUACCUCUUCCUCCUCUCAAACGCCUUUCUUCCUGCCACCCUCCUCUUUUGGGGGCCAGGAUUUCUCUGCCUUGCCUUACGACGUUUUGAUCAAAAUCGCCGCCUCUUUCAACCUCCCGAAUCUGCGAGCUGCGUCGUUUGUAUGCAAGCCUUGGUUCGAGGCGCUCAGGCCUUUGAGGGAGGCUAUGCUAUUUCUGCGAUGGGGAAAGCGCUUCAAGCAUGGUCGAGCUGGGGUUCGACCCAAUUCUGACAAGGCUCUUAAUUCCUUUCUCAAGGCUGCGGCGCGUGGGUCCACCCUUGCUAUGGUUGAUGCUGGACUUCUCUAUUGGGAGAUGGGCAACAAAGGCGAGGCUAUUGCCUUGUACCAAAAGGCUGCUGACCUAGGCGAUCCUGCUGGCAAGUGCAAUCUAGGAAUCUCGUUUUUGCACGCAAAACCACCAAAUCCCACUGAAGCUGUAAGAUGGCUGCGACAAUCGGCCAUGGUUGGCAACAUUCGAGCUCAAUACCAACUCGCUUUGUGUCUCCAUCAGGGUCAUGGCGUGGAUCGAAAUGUACAGGAAGCUGCUAGGUGGUUUUUGAAGGCCGCCGAAGGUGGAUAUGUGCGUGCUAUGUACAAUCUUUCUCUGUGCUAUUCUUGCGGGGAAGGCUUGGUACACAACCAUCAGCAGGCUAAAAAGUGGAUGAAGCGGGCUGCUGAUCGUGGCCAUAGUAAAGCUCAAUUUGAGCAUGGACUCCAUCUCUUUUCUGAAAGGGACAUGAUGAAAGCUGUAGUCUACUUGGAACUUGCAACCCGCUCUGGUGAAAGAGCUGCUGCUCAUGUCAAGAAUGUAAUUCUCCAACAACUUUCGCAAAGUUCCCGAGAUCGAGUCAUGUCUGUUGCUGAUAACUGGCGUGCAUUGCCUUCUUCUCAUUGAUCCCCUUUUCACAAUGGAUUUAAUUCUUGUGUUUCUAAAACC